CUGCCGACGUAACGUCAUCGGAGUCGCGUGCGCUGCGAAACGUGCAAUGCAGCGGCGUGCGUGAGCCGCAAAGCUUUUGAAGAACCUUUGAUCGCCGGGUUGCCCACACACCGCGUACGACUCCCCCCAACGCAUCCCCCUUAUAUGCACCACACAUUUUCGGUCCACUACAAGCCGAACUUAAAGCGUCGUUGGUCAGCGCUAAGCUCACAGCGCGACGAUCGUGAAUAAUACGCUGCUUUGUUUGUUGACUUCAUUCGUGUCUCAGCCGCGAAGCGUUGCAGACGACGUUAGAGCGAACGAACGACGCUUAAAGCACAGCAACUACAACAUCGCAUACAUAACGAAAAAGUGUGUUUUGUGUUGUUGUUGUAUACAAACGCGUGUUGUACGUCGCAUUGGUCGUUGGCGGGCAGCGUGCGGCAACAUUGCGGAGCUAAAGGUGCAGCGAAGCUUGCAUAAAAAAAAUAUCAAACCAAAGAAACUACAACAACGCAGCUGGCUGGCAAAAGCGCAUAAAGCGAAAUAGAAUAGGUGAAGUGGCGUGGAAUAAAUGCGAAAGAGGAAUGCGUUAAUACGCUUUGCUUGCGCGUUGAUAUUUGAUCGGUCGCUUGCUUUGACUCGCGCUGCUGGUGGUAUUGCAUGUGCAGCGAUCGUCGGUAACAGCUGUUGUUGCGAGUUGUCGUAAAAGCAACUGUUGUUGAUUAGAAAAAUAUUUAUUGCAAAAGGUGAAAAAAUAUUGAAAAAUAAAGCGGCAGUUGAAAAGUAGCAAACCUACUUGUUAUUGUUGUUGUUGUGAUUAUUUUUUGAAAUAAAGUAUUUGUGCCUUUUGAAAUUCGAAAAUAAAUUAAAUAAAAUAAAAUAAAAAUUUCAAAUAAAAAAAUUGAAAUAAAAAAAUUAAUUAAUUAAAAAAAUAAAUUAAUAAAAUAUAUUAAUAAAAAAAAAUAUUUUAUUGGUAAAAAAUAUCAUGCUAUAUAUUAAUAAAAACCAGGAAAGUGUGUGCUAAAUAUAUAAAAGUGCAAAGCCAUCUUUAAAACGGUAAAAGCAGCGAAACAAGUUAUACGCUGUGGUGCGAAAAUCAUAAAUUCCAUUAAAGCGAAUACCAAACAAGGAAGCAAGCUUUUCAAAUAUGAAAAGCAAAUACUGUUGAAUAAAAAGUGUAAACAAGAAAUAAAAAUAAAAGUACUGAAAAAGCAAUUUAAUUGAUGAAAAAAUAUUUAAAAAUUGCUAGAGUCUUCAAAUAAAAAAAAAUUGGAGACAAAAAUUAAAAAAAAAAAUCCAAAAAUAUUUAAAAAAUUAUUUAAAAAAUAAUUAAAAAUUAAAUAAUAAUAUUAAUAUAAAAAAAUUUACAUAGUAAUAAUUUUUUUUUAAUUUAACACAAAAAAUAAAAAAAAAAUAUUUUUUUUAAAUAAAAAUAAUAUAACAAAUAAAUAAAACAAAACCAAAAUUACAAUAAAAGAAUUAACAAUAAUUAAAUAUAAUAAUAUUUAAUAAUAAAAAAGUAUUAAAAUAUUUAAAAAAUCAUAAAAAAAUAAAAAUUCAAAUAUUUUUGAAUAAAAAUUAAAAUUUACUAAGUGAUUAUUGUAAAAAAACAAGGAAAAUUCUGAAACAAGUGAAAAAAAUUAGCAGCAAAAUUCCUCAUUUUUAUAAAAAAUAAUUUUAAAACUGAAAACUGCAACCAUAAAAAUUUACUGGUUUACAAGAAGAUCAGCUUGAAAGCAUAAAUCUGUGUGUUUGACAAGAAAAAUAAACACAAAAAGUUUUAAUUAAAAAAAAAAUACGAAUUAAGUCGGUCUUAUAUAACUGUGAAGAGCAAAAAUAUUAACUAAAUAGUUAAAAAUUAUAUUCUAAAUAAAAUUACUUUUAAAAAAUCAUAUUUGAGUACCUAUAGAUCAUAAAAAAAAUAUAAAGUAAAAAAUAAAUAAAAAAGUGAAACAAAUUUCUGUAAUAAAUUAAAAAAUAAAAAUAAAAAAUUAGAAAAAAAUUAAAAAAAUUAAAAAAAAUUUGAAAUUCUACAAUUAAAAAAAAAAUUAAGAAUUAAAAAAAUUUAAAAAUUAAAAAGAAUUAAGAAAAGAAAAUUUGAAAAUAUAUAAAAUUCAAAACAACAUAUUUUAUAACAAUUAAAAAAUAAACGAAGUUCCGUAAUACAUAAAAAAUUAAAAUUAUUGUUUAAAUAAAACUAUUUAAUUAAAAAUUAAAAAAAAAUAUUAAAAAAUAUCUCGCGCAAAAUGAGCAUCUACUUAACGCCGCAUUAAAUACAAGCCACUCAAUUGCAAUUGCUUAAAACCGACUUUUUUCCGAUUGCCUGCUCUUCCAUUGAUUUUUUCCGCAAACAAAAAAACAGUGCGGUUAAGAGCGCGCUUAUCAAUUACACCACAACAGUGCUGCACCCAAAGUCGACGCGCUACACCACCUACUCUUCCUUCCUUCCACCCCCGUCGUCUACUGUCUUCUUUGACCGCUACUUCUUUGUGUUGUCGUCUGAACGCCGCCAUUGGGCAUAUAGUUAUCACGUUGCAACAACAACAAACAAUGUGCAGCCAGAAAUGUUUUCGCGUACACACACUGGUCAUACUCGGCGUCAUACUCACCAUUGUGCUCGUCUGCAUUGUCGGCAUCACGCUGACGAACAGCAUCAACAUUUCGAAUAUCAUCAAAUUGCGCGAGAAGGUCGCCAGCGAUUCGGCUGCGGCGACCGGUGCGAAUGCCGUGCAAACACGUGCCGCACUCGUCGAACAACAAUACUCCGCAUUGCAACAACAUCAUUUGUCGCGUAGCGAUUUGAAUUACAUAGCGGCCACACAUCCCAAGAAUUUGCAACGUUUCGCCGGCAGUCAUGCGGGCGGAGGAGGUAGCGGUGGUGCAGGGGCAGCUGGUGAUCACGCAAAUGUUGGCGCGACGGCGCAAAAUAAAAUUGUCAUCGAAAUUGGCAUACGGAAUUUUUCCACAGCGCUCUCCAACGGCAGCCACAUGGCGGUCGCGGGCUCAGCGUCCGCGGCGCAACCACAGCUGCAGUCUUCUGCCGCCGUUGAGACGCUGCUCGAUAAACUCAUCGAACCCAUAACGAGCGCCAUUGUUGAUGGCAAUAUUGAUUCGAUUUCGGUGCCUGCCACCGCUACGGGUCGCCAAUUGAAUGAGUCACUGUCCCAGUUGGUCAAUGCGCAGGAGACCCGUUUGCGUGCGCAAAACGAAACAAAGCUGCUUCGUGCAGCAACAACGACAACAUCAGCCCCAACAACAGCAACAACGGCUACUACGGUUGCUAUGAAUGCGUCAGAGUUUACCACAACGCUGGAGCCAAUGCUGUCACCACAACCGCACGAUCGUCUGAGCAUUGCCGAUCACAAUCCCGGUCAAAUUGACUUUGCGAAGCGCGAGCAUGUCAAGCAGAUGAUGCAGCACGCCUGGGACAACUACAAGCUCUACGCAUGGGGCAAGAACGAACUUCGACCGCUCAGUCAACGUCCACAUUCGGGCAGUAUUUUUGGCAUCUACGAUCUGGGCGCCACCAUAGUCGACGGUCUGGACACGCUCUACCUAAUGGGUUUGGAGAAGGAGUAUCAAGAGGGACGCGAUUGGAUUGAACGAAAGUUUUCGCUGGACAAUGUUAGCGCCGACCUGUCUGUAUUCGAAACGAAUAUACGCUUUGUAGGUGGCUUGUUGACACUUUAUGCAUUCACCGGUGAUAAUUUAUAUAAAGAGAAAGCACAACACAUCGCUGACAAGCUGUUGCCCGCCUUCCAGACGCCCACCGGUAUACCAUAUGCGUUGGUAAACACACGCACCGGUGCGAGUAGAAAUUACGGCUGGGCUUCAGGUGGCAGCUCGAUUUUAUCCGAAGCUGGCACAUUGCACUGCGAAUUCGUUUAUCUGAGCGAUAUAACGGGUAAUCCGCUGUACAAAGAGCGUGUACAAACUAUACGUCAAGUUUUGAAGGAGAUUGAGAAGCCAAAGGGUCUAUAUCCAAAUUUCAUUAACCCCAAGACGGGCAAGUGGGGACAAAUGCACAUGUCGCUGGGCGCUCUAGGCGACAGUUUCUAUGAGUAUCUGCUAAAGGCUUGGCUGCAGUCGGGCCAAGUUGACGAGGAGGCUCGCGAAAUGUUCGACGAAGCCAUGGUGGCGAUUAAUGAGCACAUGAUACGCACAAGUUCGGGUGGUUUGACUUAUGUCUCAGAUUUGAAGUUCGAUCAUUUGGAACAUAAAAUGGAUCACUUGGCUUGCUUUGCGGGUGGUCUCUAUGCCUUAGCUGCCAGCACGCGACAAAACCAAUAUGCCAACAAAUUUAUGGAAAUUGGUAAGGGUCUGACAAAUACCUGCCACGAGAGCUACGCAAGAACGCCAACCAAAUUGGGACCAGAAGCUUUUCGCUUCAGCGACGCCGCCGAAGCGCGUGCCUUGAAAUCACAAGAGAAAUACUAUAUACUGCGACCGGAAACGAUCGAGAGUUACUUUGUGUUGUGGCGUCUGACGCACGACCAAAAAUACCGCGACUGGGGUUGGGAGGCUGUGCAAGCGCUCGAGACCUACUGCCGUACCAUGCACGGCUACAGUGGCAUCAAGAAUGUGUAUCAGGAGAAUCCGCAGAAGGAUGAUGUGCAGCAGAGCUUCUUCUUGGCGGAAACACUCAAGUACUUGUAUCUGCUCUUUUCCGAUGACUCGCUGCUGCCACUGGACGAGUGGAUAUUCAACACGGAGGCGCAUCCAUUGCCCAUACGUGGCGCGAAUGCAUUCUACCGCGCGGCACCACCUGCCCAAACGCAAGCAGAUGAGAACCGUUAAAGGUUGACAAAAGAAAUAUUGCAAAUAUUUCACUGACGAUAUGUUUGAGUCUGCCGAGCGUCUUUGACAAAAAUGCAGUUAUUUGUAAUUAGUGUUUUUAUAAUUUUUUUUCUUUUUGACAAAUAGUUACUUUAUUAUGCUUUUUAGACACACAUUGACACACAUUGUAAUUUAGCGUAAUUAUUUAUAAAGAAGUUGGACGUUGUGCGUAUUCAGAUUUCUCAGCGAUUUUCAAAUGAGUUUAAUUUUAUUUCAAUUUUAUUUUAAUAUUUUUUUUUUUGUUGUAAAAAUAUGUAUGCCUGUACAUAUGUAUGUAUAUUGUACUUGUAAACUGACAUUUGCUAAUUUUCGCCGCUUAAUUUUGUACAGUUAUAUAAUAUAAGUUAUAUGUAAUAGUUAUUAUUGUAGCGCUUAAUUAUGUAAAAAAAUUUUAUUAAGCAAAAAAAAAUAUUUUCGAAAUUCAAAAUUGCAUUUCCGACACACUGACGUGAAAAACUUCGCCCAUAUUAAAAAAAUUUAGUUAAUAACACAUGCAUGUACCAUAUGUAUAAUUAUUUUCACCAAUCCAGACAUUUUUUUUUUCUCUCUACAUCCUUGCAUACUCGUAUUUGAACUGUGAAAAUGCCAAUAUAGAAACUAUUGUUUGAAAAGAAGAAAGCAAGUAACAGUUGUAUAUUGUCAACGCCUACAAAAGCAGUGUAGUUGUAAAGCAAAUAAACUCGAAAUUUAAUAUAAAAUUAGUUUAAAACAAAAAACUGUUGCAGUACGUUUUUUCUUGUUGUAUGGAAAAAUAUUUGGAAACUUGUGGUUGCAAAAAAAAUUGUUUGGUAUUUAAGUUUUUUUUAGGUGUUCGAAGGUCAUGUCAACAAAAUACUUUUUAUUAAUUAAUUUUAUAUAAUUUUUUUUCUAACCUUUCGAAAUUAAUUAAUUUUAUAUAAUUUUUUUUUCUAAAUUUUCAAAAUUAAUUAAUUUUAUAUAAUUAUUUUUUAAAUUAUCUUUUUUUUGCAAUAUUUUUAGAGUUCUCAGAACGAAAAUGAUAUUGUCAACACAACAUUAAUUAAUUUUCUAUACAUUUUUUUUUCUAAAAUUAUCUUUUCUUGAAAACAUUUUCGAAUUUAUCUCUUUCUUUUGUGAUACUUUUUGUCCGUCUUUAGCAAGAUUUUUAACUUUGUACUACGAAAAAUUUAGCACAUAAUAUUAUAUUUAAAUUAUUUAAGAAAAGUAUAUUAUAUUUUCUUAUAUUAUUUGGCAAAUGCUAUACAUUAUAUUUUUUGUUAUUUUUAGAAACAAAAAUCUACAUUUAUUGAAAAACAAAAAACCAAAAUUUAACACCGUACUAAAUAUAUUUUAUUGCUGUACCCGCAGGCAACUUGCUAUAUUUUUUCAAGUGUGAAAAACGCAAAAAAAAAUUUUUUUAAGGAAAAUUUUUUAAGGAAAAUUCUUUUUUUGAUAGAAAAAAUUCUUAAAGCAAUUUUAAAUGUUAAAAUUUGUCGAGGAAGAAAGUUAAAAAUUCAGAACUUCAUAGAUAAAUUGUGGUUAGGCAUUGCCAAGUCACAUACCUCACAAUACUCAAAUUUUGGAAAAAACAUUAUUUAAAAUUUUUUAUUCAAAAAUAUUAAUCUUUCUGUUAAAAAAAUUUUAUUUAAAAAAUUAAUUUUUAAAGUGCAUAUGCUGGUUGAAAAAUUAUGAAGAAGUGUUUUUAACUUUUUUAACAAAUUUCAAAGGGAUAAAUUUAAAUUUUUUAUCUUUUUAAAAAACAAAGUUUUUUGAAAACUUAUGAAAAACAUUUUUGAGUUUCACUAACUAAUUUCUAAAAUUUAUGUUUUUUGUUUGUAUUUGGAAAACAAUAUUUUGAAUGCUGUAGUUUCAACAAUUUUGAACCAAAAUUUGUAUUUGAAAAAAUUAAUAAUUUCCGGUAGAUAUUGCUGGUCGAGGUUUAUCGAAGAAAUGUUUUUAACUGAUUUCCAAAUCAAUAAUUUAAAUAUUUUAUCUUUUUAAAAAACAAAUUUUUUUGAAAACUUAUGACUUUUUAAACUAAUUUUAAAAAUUUUGUUUGUUUGUAUUUAGAAAACAAUAUAUUUGAAUAUUUUG